UUGUUAAUUAAUUAAUACAUUGCAUGAAAGUAUCUACAAAAUUUACCUUCUUGUGCCAAGAUAUCAGAGAAAUACAUAUUAUUUGUACACAAAGCUAUCCAUAAUCCAAAACCCCAUAGAAAUAAAAUAUUCCAGGAUAUAUAAUGUGAUUUAUUCCGUUUGAAUAGCCUCAUUGCACAAGGAAUAUUACUUUAAAAUAUCUAAUUCUUCCAUUAGUAUAUAAAUAUUUGCUAACAUUAUUAUAGUAGGCAUAUAAGUCAAUUUUGUAAAAGUAAAUUCAUAGUAAAUCAAAAGGUUACAUAAACAAAAAAAAAAGAAGGCAAUCAAUGCAAAAUUUCAUUCACAUGUAUAUUUUCACUACAUCAUUUAAUGGAUGUCAAUAAUUUAGAAUUCAGCAGAAGAUAUAAAUUUAUAUUAUGACUAAUAUUUUAAAUGUGUUAAUUAAAAUUUGUAAUGUGCAAUAUUUCAACACGUUUAGAUAGCUUGAAUCAACAGCUUAUGGUUAUUUCUAAAUUACAAAAAAUGGAAGAAGAAUGUAACAUAUGUCCUGUUGCAACAUGUAAGAAGUGUAGUUUAUUCAAUGUUGGUAAAGUGUACCAAUGCGCCCAUCGCCUUUUAUGUUUAAAAGAACAAUGCAAUAAAUAUAAUGAUAAAUGCAUUUUACACAGUGACAGUAAUAGGAGGAUAUUGUGUAAUGCAAAAACAUGCAAAACACGUAAAAAAUUAAUUGUCUGUAGAGAUACCAAACUAGCUGAAGGUAUACUCAUCAUUUCAUGCAAUAAAUAUUACAUAUUAAUACAAUCUUUUUUAACAGUUCAGACAAAUUUACAAAAUGAUAUACAAGUGUCAAGAAGUAUCAAUACAAUUAAUCAAGACCAUAUACAGAUGCAGGAAACAGCAAAUAAAUCUAAUCAAAUAAAUUUAAAUUCACAAUUAUAUAAAACAUAUGUUAGCGAUAAAGUGGUUAAUACACAUGAAGAGAAGAGUGAACAAACCAUUCCUACAAAAGAUAAUUUUCAUAUGGAAACAAGUACAAAUAAUUCUAAUGUAAAUAUUAUGCAAAUUGCGGUAUUGGGUAAAGAAAAAUCUAAAGUUGAAGCAGAAAGAGAUGUUACUGAAGAAACUGAUAAGUUACAAGAAAUAUAUUCCACUAUAGAAACUGUUCAAUAUAGAAACCUGCCAAGCGUAAAUGACAAAGAAAUAUUUGAGAGAAUCCAAAAGGUUUUAUUCAAAAGAAAUUACUACUUAUGUACUUUUAAUGAAAAAACACGUAACAAAGAAUUAGAAAAGAAAUUAAAGGCUCUGACCUGCAGUUUAAAAUGUCUCGAAGACAAACAAAGGGCAGCUUGUUUAAAAGAUUCAGUAGAAACAAUGGAUCAAGAAACUCAACUUGCAGUCAGAGAAUCGAGAGCUAGAACAAAUUUAAUUAAAGGACAGCAAGCAAUAGAAUUAAUUAAAGGAACACGAGAAGAAGAACUGUGGAACGAAAUCGCAAGAUUACAACAACAAACAAUUGAAGUUGCACAUGCAAAUACCGUUUUAUCGCAAGAACGCGAUAGUUUAAGAGUUCAAUUACAAUCCUUUUCGGAAGUAGAAGCUAAACGGUGUGAAGAAGUUGAACAAGAACUGAAUCGAAUGAAACACGCUGCGGAAGAAAAAGAAGAUGCUUUAAAUACUGAAAAAACAGAACUCAGGAAUAUGAUUACAGAACUUACAAAUGUAAUUAAGAUACAGAAGAGAAGGAUAUGUGAAGUAACUUGUGUAUGUAAUAAUCAGCAACAUGCAUUGCAACAAAAGGAUAAGGAAUUACAUGAAAAAAGCAGUGAAUUAUCAGAAGUAACACAAAUGUUAGAAUCAAGUAAUGAAAGUGUUAACAAACUACAAGAAGAAGUAGAAGAGCUGAAAUACUGUUUGUGUGAAGAGAGAAAGACUUGUGAGUGCCUUAGAGAAGAAGUACAAACUCUUACAGAAAACCAUUCUUCUGAUAUGAGGAUAAAAGAAAAAAUCAUAGAAGAACAGAACAAAACUAUUUCAAAACAAAAAAAGUUAUUACAUGACAGUGAAGAAAUGGCCCAGCUAGUUGCAUGUGAAUUUGAUCAACUCAAAGAACAAAUGCAUGAAGAAAAACAGAGAAAUAAAUCUCUGCAAUUAACACUGGAUAAAACUGAGAGUAAAUUAAGUAAAGUAUAUCAGUCACAAUGUGAGCAAUGUAGAAAAUUAGUAAAUGAAAUAGAUUAUUUGAAGAAAGAAAAACAAAGAGCACUAACAGUUGCAAGAUUUGCAUAUGAAAAAUUACGUCAGUCCUUUAAACAAUAUCAGACGAAACUUGCAUAUGAAAGACAGCAGUAUAGAUACUUGGAAUCUAUUGUUAAUAAAAAAGAGCAGGAAAUAGAAUAUUUAAAGAGUCAAAUAUGUCCAGGUACUGCAAGACCUUAUUAAAAAAAUAAAUGGUUAUAUUAUGUAAUUUAUAUAUCAUAAAAUUAUGUUAUAAUGUUUAUGCUGAAAGUGUUGGAAUGAAAGUUUAUAAAAUUUGAAUUUGAGGGAUCUACAUUGACUAAUACUAAAUAUUAUUC